AGAGAGUAUUAGUCCCUCACAGAGAGACCGAGAGAAAGCAAAUAGCAGAGGGAAGCAAUGGCGCUCUCUCUCCCCGCCGGCCACUUGUUGUUGCUCUUCGCAGUCUCCGCCUUGUUGUGCGUUUCAGUAGCUUUUCAAUCGGAUGAGCUGUUGCUGGACGACGAAGAGUUCGGUCUGGAAGGAGGGGUGCCCACCAAGUCUCCCGAUCUCACUUACACGCGAUCUUCUUCACCACCGGCGCAGCCGCAACCGACCACAACAACUAGCCGGAGGAGGUUUUCCGAUCAAGAUACCGACUCCAAGAUCCAGUUCGAGCUCCAUCACGCCUUCGGGGACUCUGAUUUCUCUCCAGCCGGCACCUUCAGCGCUCGCUUAAAGACAUGGAGCCACGGUGGUCAGACGCUAACGAAGCUUCGGUUUUCGAGGAAUGCUUUUACUGAAGAGGAGAAGGAGAAGUUUUCUCUACUGCUGAAAGGAGAUGACUUCUAUAGCAUAAGGUUGCCAUCCAGUGUUGCGAAUCCUCCUGGGAGGGAUUAUGUUAUUUCAUCAGUAAAAGCGAGAUGUCUUCUGCGAGAGGGUUUGGAUGAACAUUUUGUUAUACACACGGAUGGAGUUAAUAUUCUGGCAGUUAAUUAUGGUUCCCCUGGGGCAUGCCCAUAUCCUCGGCAACUGAGACUUCCUUCAAAAUGGUCUUUUAACUCUCACACGGUUUUGAAGAACAGUGAACAGGCACCAAGAGCUCCAGUGUUUUCUGAGGAGAUUUUUGGUGGUGAGGGAGUAGAAGGUGAAGUUGUACCGCCACAAGAAAGGUCUUUCUGGGCUAAAUAUUGGAUGUACCUGAUCCCUCUUGGGCUCAUUGUUAUGAAUGCCGUAACCCAAGCAAUGAACAUGGCCGAGGAACAGGUUGGUGCUCCCUCAGCUGCUGGCCAAGCACAGCAGUCAGCUGCAAUCCAACGUGGGUCAAGUUCUUCUGUGCGAAGAAGAUAGCCGUUUUCUUCACUUGUUUCUGAAUGAUGCAACAUCACCUCGAGUGAAUGACAUUUUAGGUUUGACUGUUGAUUGUAUCUUUAAUCCCAUGGGGGAGAGACCGUCAUGAGGGUAGUAAAUUCAGUAGUUUUGCCAAAAUUGUAAUAGUAACAAAGGCCGUUGCCACUGAAUGGAAAGGUUGAAUUGUUGAAAAUUUCGAAUUUAGUAUUGUAGAGAAUUGUGCAUUUA